AUGAGCGCCCACGUCGUGGUGAUCGACGCGACGGCCAGGCGGGCAACGGUCAAGACAACACCUACCAAACACUUGACGGAUGUGUUGCAGGAGGCAUGCUCCAAGCUUGGAUACAACCCCAACCAAUAUGCCUUAAAGCACAACGGCAAACAACUGGACCUUUCCCUUUCCUAUCGCCUCUCUGGCCUGAUUCCUGGCGCAAAGCUAGAGCUUGUCCAGCUAUCUCGAUCUCCUUCCGUCGUCACAGUCGCCCUCCAGCUCCCCGAAUCCGAAGCUCGCGGUGCACCAAACGGCCGCAUACUUGACAAAUUCCCGAGCUCGACUACGCUCUGGCUGGUAUUGCGCAAGUUUGAAGCUGGAGUCGCAGGAGCUGGUCCACUGCGGAAUUUGACUGCUCGAGGGGUGCCUGCUACAACUGAUGGCGACUCCGGUGCUGGUAGCUUGUUCUACGAGAUCCCGGUCCUACGGAUCUUGGAGCGCGAGCUAUCAAGCUUUGCGGACUUGCAGAAAACGCUGGCCCAGCUCGGCUUCAAUAGUGGCAACGUGCUUAUGCGACUCAGCUUCCGACAGACAGAAGACCCGCUCCACGUGGCCAUGACCAAGAUUGCUGAGUACUUCAAGGCAUCAGAGGAUGAAAUGCCAGCGCCGACACCGAACGAAGCACCCGCAACGCCUGGAGAGGAGACAAACAAUGGAACGCAGCAGCAGCUUUCUGGUUCUGAUCAAGCCGAAGCAUCAAGUGAACCGACUGUGGCCUCAGUAGAUGACCAGGAUACUCUGAUGCCGGAUGCUUCAGAGCACCCGACUUUAAUGUCAACGCCUGAACGGCCUAUCGCCGUCUUCUCCCUCCAUCCGCCAAUACCCCAUCCUCAUCAGCGCCUACUCAACCAAAGCUCUCGCAACCAGCGCUUACUCACCGACGCUGAAAUCGCCGCCAAAGCUGCAGCAGAGGAGAAGCGGCGCUCCGCAAUUCGCGAGGUAGAUGUGAAAGUCCGGUUCCCAGACCAGAGCCAAAUAGUUGCGAAGUUUGGACCCUUCGACUCUGGCAAAUCACUGUACGGAUUCGUACGCAACUGUCUUGAUUCAGCAUUUUCUGGAGAGAAGUUCAACCUCAACAUAUUCAGCGGCCCCACUGCAUCGCAUCCUGGAAGCCCGAGCACCCUGCCUGAGUCUGAUCAGACCCUGAUCCAGGACUUGGGUCUCGCAGGUCGAGUCCUGGUCAACUUCACAUGGGCCGAUGGCGUGUCCUCUGCACAGCGCCGAACAAAUUUGCUGCGCCCGGAACUCCGAAGCAAAGCUCAGGAGUUGAAGGUCGAGCAGCCACUAGAACCCAAGGAGGAACCAUCUGCACGGAAGACCGAGGAAGGCCCGAGUGGUUCUGGCGAUGGCAAGCCUGGUGGAGCAAAAAAGAGUGGUGGCAUUCCGAAGUGGCUGAAGCUCCCUGGAAAGAAAUGA